AUGCGUCUCUCUGGUCUCCAGCGCGAGGUUCUCAGCCUCUACCGCCAGUGCCUGCGCGCCAGCCGACAAAAGCCCGAGGCGUCCCGCGCCCACUUUGAAGCCUAUGCCCGCUCCGAGUUUGCCAAGAACAAGGGAUUGGGAAAGAAGGACUUUGCUGCGAUUGAGUUUCUGUUGAGAAAGGGGAGGCGGCAGCUGGAUGCCAUGUCGUCGCCGGGCAUUACAGAUGUGCGCUGA